CGCCCUCGCGACGUGAUGACGCAGCGCGCGGCCUGGCCUGGCUCCCAAGAUGGCGGCGCGCAGAGCGCGGAGGCCGCGCUGUCGCUGAGAGGCCCCGCGCUCCGGUGCGGCUCCCGCUCCCCGCGAGCCCUAAUUUAGAUCUUGUCUGUGACCGAUACCACGAGUUGUGAAGGUGAUUCCAAAACCACCGUGAGGCAAAGACAGUUUCCUUUAUUCUGAAAAAGAGAAACUUUUUGAAGGUGACUGUAGUAAUCUGUGAAUAGUAUCUGUAGCUGGUUGGAGUAAGAGCGGGUUUGUGCCUGAAAGAAAUAAAGGCAGUGAGUGCUUAUGCUUUAAGCUGAGGCAUGGCUGAAGGUCUGUCAUAAUUCAAACACCAGAAAGGUGCCUGCAGAGCUUUGUGAUCUGCAUCUAUGUACACAAGGUGCUGGUAAGCACAGGCAGGUCCUGAAGUGACUCUCUGAAAACUCCAUUUUUGAAAAUUUAAACAGCAAAGACAAUUCUGUUUUAAUAAAUGAAGGAGAAUAAAGAAAAUUCCAGCCCUUCUGUAAACUUGGCAAACCUGGACCAUACAAAGCCAUGCUGGUACUGGGAUAAGAAAGAUUUGGCACACACACCAUCACAGCUUGAAGGGCUUGAUCCAGCUACGGAGGCACGAUACCGCAGGGAAGGGGCCAGAUUCAUAUUCGAUGUGGGAACACGUUUAGGGCUACAUUAUGACACUCUAGCAACCGGAAUAAUUUAUUUCCAUCGGUUUUAUAUGUUUCAUUCCUUCAAACAGUUCCCAAGAUAUGUGACUGGAGCCUGCUGUCUCUUCCUGGCAGGAAAGGUUGAAGAAACACCCAAGAAAUGUAAAGACAUAAUUAAAACAGCUCGUAGCUUGCUAAAUGAUGUACAGUUUGGGCAGUUUGGAGAUGACCCAAAGGAAGAAGUGAUGGUACUUGAAAGAAUCUUACUACAAACAAUAAAGUUUGAUUUGCAAGUGGAACAUCCUUACCAAUUUCUUCUCAAGUAUGCCAAACAACUCAAAGGAGACAAAAAUAAAAUUCAAAAACUGGUUCAAAUGGCAUGGACAUUUGUCAAUGACAGCCUCUGCACUACCCUGUCCCUGCAGUGGGAGCCUGAGAUCAUAGCUGUUGCAGUCAUGUACUUAGCAGGCCGUUUGUGUAAGUUUGAAAUACAGGAAUGGACAUCAAAACCAAUGUACAGACGAUGGUGGGAGCAGUUUGUCCAGGAUGUUCCCGUUGAUGUUUUGGAAGAUAUCUGUCAUCAGAUCCUGGAUCUAUACUCACAGGGAAAACAGCAAAUGCCUCAUCAUACUCCUCAUCAGUUGCAGCAGCCACCAUCUCUUCAGUCUACACCCCAGGCACCUACAGUACAGCAGUCACAGCAAUCCCAGAGUUCAGAGCAAUCCCAGACACAGCAGCAAAAAGAGUCUCAGCAGUCAGCGCAGCAACAGCAGCAGCAGCAGCAAACACAAGCGCAGCAAUCUAAAAAGCCCUCUCCCCAGUCAAGUCCUCCUAGACAGAUUAAAAGACCAGCAGCUGUAUCUCCAAAAGAAGAAACAAAGGCAGCAGAACCACCGCCACCGUCUAAAAUUCCUAAAAUUGAAACUGCACAUCCACCAAUACCUCCUGCACAUCCACCUCCAGAGCGCAAGCCUCCUUUGACAACAGCAGUUUCAAUGGGAGAACCAGAGCAAUCUACUACUGUGGACUCAGUAGAUAUGCCAAAGGUCCAGAUUCCUCCCCCUGCUCAUCCCGCCCCAGUACAUCAACCUCCCCCUCUGCCACAUCGCCCCCCACCCCCACCCCCCACCAGUUACAUUACAGGGAUGUCUACUACAAAUUCCUACAUGUCAGGGGAGGGCUAUCAAAGUCUCCAGUCAAUGAUGAAAACAGAAGGACCAACAUACGGAGCUUUGCCACCGGCCUAUGGACCACCAGCUCAUCUACCAUAUCAUCCUCAUGUCUACCCUCCCAACCCUCCACCACCAGUUCCACCUCCACCCCCUGCUUCUUUCCCCCCACCCAAUAUUCCACCCCCUACUCCUGGAUAUCCUCCUCCGCCUACAUACAACCCCAAUUUCCCACCUCCAAGACUGCCUCCAACUCAUGCAGUGCCACCUCAUCCACCUCCAGGGCUGGGAAUGCCACCAGCCAGUUACCCCCCUCCAACUGUUCCCCCAGGUGGACAGCCACCUGUACCACCUCCAAUUCCACCACCUGGUAUGCCACCUGUAGCAGGACUUGGACGUGCUACAUGGAUGAGAUAGCAUGAGGUCAUUUGCACGAAUAUACCUUUAUGUCGAUUAGGCAGGAGUAGAUAGCCAAAACCUACAUUGUAAAGAUGAAGAGGAGGGUAAUCUGUAUAAUUUAGAUGAAGAAAUGAGAUUAAACGAAAAUUUAGCUGAUCUGUUUGCAGUAUGGUUUAUGGUGAGUUAUAUAGGCUUCUAGAUUUUAAUCAGCUUUGCAGUAUCUAUUCUAACUUUAUACAUUUGACUUAAGUUUAAAUUGUCUUGACAUAUUCCAGCACUGGAUUACUUUGUACUAGCAAAACCAGCCAUAUUGGCUCAAUUAUAUCAGUAAGAAGAAAAUUUCCUUCUAGAAAUCAGUGCCUAUUUUUAAGUAUCAAAAUAGCCAGAUACUAUGAUAUUUGAUCUAUAAUAAGAAACUUCAUUUUUAAUAGUACGUAAAACAACACGAUGUCAAGCAUAAAAGCUGCUUUAUUUAAGAGAGAUUCUGAAUGCUAGCUGACUGGAAUAGUUUUGAGGUGUUUGCCUUGCUGAUAGUUUUGGUUUGGAAUGUACUGGUAUCUUAAAAUAUUGUAUGUUUACACCUAUUUGCAAAUUCCUGUACAUAAUAUAUAUAUUUUCUAAGUGUGAAAGUCUGAAUGUAACAGCCUACUGUGAUGUACAUCAUAGCUAUAAAUGGGACUACUUUGUUCACUCUACCCAAAUAAAAUUGGUUCUGAAUUUAGUGGAUUUCCAGGUUUUUCAUGUUAGUUCAGCAGUCAUAACUAUGGUUACUCCAAGAUACUUACUCCAAGGUAUUUCAGCAGUGGUCUCCCAAAUCUUACUCAUCAGUGUUUAUUUAAAAAGAAUGUAUUUUAUUUUAUUCAGCUAGAAGUAUACACUAUCACAAUCAAUCUCUUACUUCAUUUUUACUAAAAUAUUUCAAAAGAAUGUUUUACACACAUUAUCAAAAAAAACUGUACUAUUACUUUCCUUCCCCAAAAAAGCCAGAGUGGUUCAAUAAUAGGUAAAAACGCGUGCUAAGGUCUAAAGAAUUUUGCUAUAUACACAACAGCAGGUGCUAACUUUUCCAGUUCUUUGUAAAUCAUAUACAGAAAAUAUAGCAGGGCUGUAAGAUCACAGGUUUAACAGAAAUCAAACUUUAAACUGAUUUCUAAAGCAGCACAAAUAGACUUUCCCCACAUUAUGAAAAAUAUACAAUUUUAUCACUUUACAGUCAUGCACUUUGAAAAAGAUCAGUAGUACUCUUCCCCCCCAGUUUCUAGAAAGAUAAAAGGUCACUUUAACACUGAUUUCAUUUAAUAUCUAAUAUUUGGAUAAAAAUGUGCCAUUCUCAAACAAGGUUGUGCUCAGCAGUCUUAUCAAAGUGCGAAGAGCCAACUGAAGCUGGUUACACUGCAGCAUUUCAGGAACUGUUAGGGAAACACUGCUUACUCCAGUCACGCCAACAAAAGUCAAGGAUGUGAUUUUACUUUCCUUAAGCAAGCAAAGUCCAUUUGUAAACAGUGGAUGCUUUCUUUGCCAGAGGAUUGCAGAACCCAGGGCUUCAAUCUUGAGGAAAUUAUCUUGGGCUGUUGCCCCAAAUAUAUGAAUUGAAUGGUCACUAUUUCAAGGGAUGCUCCCCUCCAACUUCAUGUACAAAACUCCUCAGGUAGUUUUCUCUGAAUACCGAGUGCACAGGUAAGAGAAUUUAAAUAUGCAUAUAAAAUAUCUAUUUAGACAGCUGAAAAUUCAGCACCCAAGUCAUCCUGUAAAGUCGUUGAGCAUCAUUUUACCCCAGGAAGACAUUUUAUAGCUCAAAUGGAAUAAGUAAGAAGAUUGGCAAGCCUAAAAACCCCUAAACAGUAACACUGCAAGGUACAGCACUGUCAUGUUCUGCAAAAUCAGUGAUGUGCAUCUUACAUUGAAGAUGAUAAAUAAAAUCUUAAAAAGGGAGUACCCUACGAGUAUGGAGUUUGUUCAGCUGAACUGCUGGCUACCCUAUAAAGUGGCUCUUCAGGAUUUGCAGGGCUAAUUGACCUCAAUUGCAGCACUGUUUCCCUUGUAGGUGAGAUCAAAACAAGCUUUGCUUGAAGUCAAUGAAUAGAUUUUGAGAGAGAUUUGACAGCAGGGAAUAUUUGAGUGGGAAUUACAUAGCAGCGAGACUAGUAAUCUGAUGAGUAUAGCUCUUGUCUUGUUGAGAGGACCUGCUAAUAGCCUCAUAUACCCCUUAAAUAGCAACCAUGUCAUGAACACAGUCAACUCUCUCCAAGUGCUGGCAACGUUUGUGUUGCUUUAGUUAAAAUUCACUGACAUAGAUCAACCUUGUUCCAAAUACACUUCAACUCUCUGCUUAAUCCAGCAGUCAGGUGCCACCAAAGUUAAAAUGGGCUAAGCAGAUAGAUUAAAGUAACCCUCAGUUUGACCUUAGAUGUUAAGGAAUAAUGAUGCUCUCCUUUACAUCACCUUUUCUGUUACAGAAAUCUCAAUGUAUAAAUUGUACAGGAGGAAGACAAGUAAUCACCAAUGGUGACUAGAAACUGGAGGUCAAAAUAAAAAGCAAAGAGGAGGAAAUCCAGAAUCCUCUAAAGAUGCUUAAAGGAGAAAGUCAGACUCUAGAAUGGAUUUUUCCAGACUCCAUGGGAUGUUAAUACUAUUAGACUGAGAGCUAUCUAGCUCAGUGUUCACUGACUGAGCAGUAGUAGGAAAUAAUCUACUGGUGGGUGUGUGAGUGAGAGUAUGCACUUGUGUUUUGGGGGUGGUUCUUGGUUGGUUAUUUUUAAAUAACCUACUCAACUGUUACAUUUCUAUUUCUGCCACAAAUAAUGAAGUGGUGCUUACUCUUACUGGUUAUUUUGUGUUUUGGUUGUAUUCCUUCUCUAUUUUUUUACUGGUUACAGGUUUCAGCUCUGACACUGCAAAUUCUUCAGCCAGGCAGCUGUAGUUUAUUGUACACCACGGGACCAAUUACCUUUCAUAAUUCAUAAUAAACCACAUGGGUUCCUUGUUAUUGUAUCGGUGCUCCAUGUAAUACAAUACCACAAGUCAAGAACUCAACUGGCAGAACAAAUUAAUUUAGAGGAAGAACCUGUCCAGCUUAUACAGCUGUCUGUAGCUGUGACUGAUUCUUGUAGGGAACAAAAAGAAAGUAAAGGUGUUUGAGGUCAUUACAUCCUACAACUAAUCACUAAUAUUGAUGCAACUUUUGAAGAGGAGGCUUUGAUCUUUUCACGUGCCUGUCUUUAAAAUUAUUUUACACCAAUGAGUUCUAACAACGAAGCCCCGCUUCCUUGGACUAUUGGGAAAGAACAUCUAAUGAAAUACAGGGACAGCUGCUGUGACAACUUGGAAAAGGAGGGAGUCAAAUUCUUACAACUACACAGGCAGCUACUCCACAAUAGCAAAACGUAAGUCCCAUUAUUUUAUAUACAACCAUUUGAAGAAGCAAAAACCCACUUGUUUUGGUUCAUUAACAAAAAUAAAGCUUGAAUGGCAGGAAGUAGUCUCACCUGACAGCCUGUGUUUAUGGAGUUUUUAUUCAACUCUGCAAGGUCAUAUGGUUACCUGACACAGGAACCAGUAUAGGUGAGGGAUCCAGCAAGAACAUUAAAAAAACCCACCCAAAUCUUCCUUACGUGAAAGAUGAGCUGCUUUUGAAGAUCCUGUGAAAGCCAUAAGCACUGUCAGGAUAGCAGUUUCUGCUGAAUUAUUUCAUAGUGAAAGCUUUACAAGAAAAGUGUUGCCAUUUUGUAGGGAAUACUGUUGUGUGGCUAAGUGACUUCGUUCACAUUACGACUGCAGAAAUCUUGUGUCAUUUGAUCAUAAAUUGUUCAUUACCACCUGAUAUGGAGUCUUAAGCCUUUAUGUACACUUGUGUGACGGGUACCACCGUACAAUGUAGGGCAGUACAAGUGUUUUUAGCUUGCCACUCAGUAUUUUACACAGAGCCUUGUGAAAACAGUUGCAUGUCAUUCUUCAAAAUAAGGACCUCCAACAAAAGUGUUAGCAGCUCAUGAACUUGGCAGGCCGUAAGCCAGUGAAUUUGAAUUGCAUUUUCCUCGACUGCCUGGAGCCACUAACCUGGCUAUGAAUCACAGACAAGCGGGUGGACAGGAGCAAUACAAAUGGUGACUUCUCCGCAGGUUAAGGGUUCUUCUUGUUCCUCUUAGAAAUUCUCUUGAGUUAGUUAAUUCUACAAACAGACCGUUACAACAAAGCAGGUUUGAACUACAAUAAAAAUGAUGCAAGUCUGGCAUUAUUGGAUGGUUACCCGGUGAACAGUAGCUCCAGAGCACCACAGCCUGGAAAUCAGGCCUUUAGCUGCCAUAUUUACACUAUUGUUACAAAAAAAAGCUG